GGUUUGUUUUUGUUCAUUCCAAUAAUUGAUUCAUUGUCGACCUAGAGUUGGUUUUGAAAUUAAAACAUUUUUUCCCAAUCUGAUAGUUCUGUGAAUCUUUUAAUAUAUUUGUUUUUUUUUAUUUCUUCAUGGUGGGUUUGGAACAUGAUAAGGUUUUUGCCAUCUGACGACGUUCCUUAACCGAAACUAAGGAGAGUUAUGACGACAUCCUUGAGAGCCACGGCAUGCGCCAUCUGCAAGCAAGAUCUCGAACCUGCUCAACGUUGGCGUUGCGAAGUUUGUCCUGACUAUGAAGUUUGCGGCCCUUGUUACUCAAACGGCAUCAUCAACCAUCCACACACCCUCAUUAGCCCUCCAUCACCCACUGUUAAGAGCAGUGCUUCUACACGUGACGACAUGCUGCACCACACAGUGCCAGUAUCCAAGGUGUCGCACUGUCAAGAUUCUCCUCCGUCAUGGUGUUACAUGCAAAAAGAGAGUCUGCAAUCAUUGUAAGAGAAUGUGGGAUAUCUUCCGUAUGCACGCCAGAAACUGCAGGGAGCCCCAAUGCACAAUACCCAAAUGCAGUGAGUUUAGAGCUCGUUUUAGUAGAAAUCAACAACAGGCAGGUUCAAGACGCAGAGCAGCUGCGGUACGACAGAGAGACGCUGACGCUGACGCAGCAACAGCCUCCACUCUUGUUGACUCAUCAACAUAGACAGACAGAGAUAUGGUCUUACCUUGCUGUAGUUCACUCUUUUGAUCCCUUCGUUUUGUAUAUGUUAGCAUUUUUUUUUUCUGGCAAAGAUAUAAGCGAAUAAAUCCUCCUGAUUUUGGAUUAUUAUACCUGCAUGUUUUCAUUGACAGACUCCAUGUUUAUGUUUUCGAUUUUUUCAUUCUUUA